CAGAAGAUUAUAAAAGGGGGAAACUGUGCAUAAAAUUGGUGUAUCUUAUCCAUAAAGUGUAUUGAAGUGAAUAAUUAAUGAAAUUCUCCUAUGAGACUAAGAAUCAGGAACAUCCAGGUUCAACACUGCCUUUCUGGAGACAGUUGUAUCAUUCAGAUGGUUCUUUAUACCAGAUCCAGGGCCCUGGUUUCCAUGAAAAAGCAGGCAAAGGAGCUGGGGGAGGAAGGUCGGAGGCAGGAGGGAGCAGCCUCAGAGGGAGGAUUCUGGGGAGGGGGUGGAGAGCCGAGCGCAGCCUGCUCCGUCCCGGGUCCUGUGCCUCAGCGGGGUGGGAAGUUGGACCUGAGGACGUGUUGACAUUGUGAAUAUAGAGGAGUUUUAUCAGAAUGACACUAACAUCAGUGAAUUUCUGUUGUGGACUUUUCCAGAACAAACCUGAAAAUUAUCUAUUUUCUUUCCCAGAUCAGCAUUUAUAUACCUUUACAUCCAGAUAAGUCUGGUUAUAAUAGCCGUGCCUAUUUCCUAAUCAAUUCUUGGGCCUCGCGCCCCCGUAAGCCCUGCACAGAUGCUCUUGGCAGGGAGCCCCACAUCCCCACCCCAAGCUGGGGGAGGAUGUGCCCCAGGGCAGUCUGUGCCGCCGGAUCCCACUCUCCGUCUCUCCUCCUGGUUUCAAACCAUCUCACAGAACUUCAUCACUCAACACAGUUAGAGGCACAGGGGAGGCACCCAAUGGACCCUUGGUUAUAUCCAGCAGAAGGCUUUAUUCCCCGGGAAUAAGUGUGAAUCAGGUGACCCAGCGGAACAGGUACAAGCCCUGCGUUCCAUUAGUUGGGACUUUUUGUUUCAUGUCAUUUUUAGAAACUGAUGGUUUCAAGUGCACUGGCCGUUGAGCCCUGGCUGUACUCCUGGCAGCGGCCUCUGUUGUCCUGCAGGCUGUGUCCCUCUCGCCUCAGAGUCUUCACACCUGCCUGGACGUCAGCCACUUCCCCAUCUUACCCAGCCAGCUCCUGAUCAUCCCACACGUUCCACCUGAAUGUCUUUUUCAGGAAAGCCUUCCUGCCUGAACCAGCCUAGAGCUGCCCCCUUGUGUUCUCUUAAAGCUCUCUGUUCUUAUCACAAAUGUUAUUUUUUUCUUUUUUGGCCACACCGUGCAGCAUGCAGGAUCUUAGUUCCCCAACCGGGGGUUGAACCCGUGCCUUCUGUAUUGGGAGCGUGCAGUCUUAACCACUGGACCACUAGGGAAGUCCCCCUAUCAUUUUUUUUUUUUUUUUUUGCGGUACGCGGGCCUCUCACUGUUGUGGCCUCUCCCGUUGCGGAGCACAGGCUCCGGACGCGCAGGCUCAGCGGCCAUGGCUCACGGGCCCAGCCACUCUGCGGCAUGUGGGAUCUUCCUGAACCGGGGCACGAACCCGUGUCCCCUGCAUCGGCAGGCGGACUCUCAACCACUGCGCCACCAGGGAAGCCCAGCCUUAUCACAAUUUUAAUGAAAUAAAUGAUACUCUUAAUUAACUCAGGCAUUGCACACUCAGGUGAAGUCAAUGAGUGUAACUGUGAGGCGAUAGGGAGUGGUGGGGACUGUGGAGAAAACAUGGCCACCUAGAGGGGCGGUUGCUACUCAACUCCAGCAGAGAGGGGCCCCCGUGUUACCAGAUGGUCCAUACUUUUCAAAGGAAACUUAGUUUCCUUUGAAAUCUGGCCUUUUUAAAUGAAGCCCUCCCCCCACCGACAUUUAAAUAUUGGCAAAUAAUCAUUUUCAGAAACAAUGUAGGCCAAAAUACAUCAGUGGCUCCUAGUCUGUAGCCUCUGUUUUUUUGGUUGUUUUUUUUUUUAGCCUCUGGUUUAAUAUCUUUCUUUCCCACUAGGCUCUCAGCUCCACAGGGACACAUGCCUGGGCUGCUCUGCUCACCACAGCAUCUGCAGUCAACAAAUAGAAAAACAAAAAUAGAUGGACUCUCCCAGUAGAGCAUGAGGGUCAGAAAGAACACAGUGGCAAGGAGAUGGCCUUCUAUCACUCCCCCGCCUCUCUUUUUAUUGCCCUCUGGAAAUUUCGCUAUUUCCCUUUAAGCCCUACUCCCAGGCAACCCCUGCGAGCCUCUUUAUCCUCUGCCCUGAAGUCAUCACAUUGGCCAGAGCUGGUUCUGGCUCAGGGCCUUUGUGACAUCACCAACCGCCCAGCCCAGCCCUGGUUCCCAGUCUCCGGGUGCAAGGGCAGACCAACCCACCAUGAGCCACUUUGUCCCCCAUCUCUGCUCACCAUGCGGACACUGAAAUGGUUCUUGCUCUUUCCUCUGUGCCUCUCCUGCGGCUAUGCCUUUACGUUUUCUUCUCUGAGAGAUAAAGCCAGAGAACCCCAGGAGAAGGCGCCUUGCGGAGCGCGCUUUCGAAUUCGGCAGAGUCUCCCAGAGCACGCCCAAGGCUGGCUUGCGAGCAAGUGGCUCUGGCCUUUCUUUGUUGUCGUGCUGUAUGUGAUGCUAAAGUUUCGAGGAGAUAGUGAGACGGGUAAGGAGCAGAAGAAUCCUCCGGCCCCUCGAGGCUAUUCAUUACGCUCUCCAACAAAGAAAAAUCAAAAUGCUUCCCCCAGCGAAGACCAUGCAUUCAAUAUCCUAACCCAGCUCGAGAUGGACCUUGUGAAAUUCAUGUCCAAGGUGCAGAAUCUGAAAGCCGCCAUGGCAACAGGCGGUAACCUCAAGCUUCUCAACUCAGAGAUGCCUGCAGCCCCACACAAUAAUAUUACAAUAUAUGAGAUAUGGGGAGAAGAAGACUCCGAGUGAGUGGAUUUGUGUGUCAGAGUAGGAGAGAAAAAUUUGAGUGUUUACAAACCAUAGGCAAACUAGUAAAACUAUUCUGAAGAAAAAGAAUUCUCGAAUUUGGGGCCUUUUUCCUUUCUCUUUUUUUAACCUUGAAAAAAGUGUGAGACCAGUAGCCAUAGCAGUUAUUGUUUUGUUUAACUGUUGUUUUUUGUUUGUUUGUUUGUUUGUUUUUACAUCUUUAUUGGAGUAUAAUUGCUUUACAAUGG